GCGCUAUAAACGCAUAACGUGACACGCAGACGCGCCACCGUGAUCGCCGUCGCUCCUUGUUGACCCACUGUCUGCCAGUUUCCGAAAGCUGACGGAGAUUCACCGAGCAGCGACCCGGCCCCUCCCGCCCCCCUCCUCCGCGCUACAGCGACUCUCCCCUCGGAUCCACUCCGCGGAGGAACCCGGUGCCCCCGGCUGAUCGUUUCCAAUUACCUUGCCCCCAAGAUGGAGGUCUGCAGAUGGCUCUGCUAGCUACCAGCCAGCCUAAGCGUCCGCGUGUCUUCAAUGACGCUUUUGUCGGGACAGAAGUGAUUUGGUGCCAUCUUUUUGUCGAUUUUUUUGGAGGAUUUACUCGGGAGAUACUGAGCUCCGGGUUCGGGUCGUGGCAGCCAUGAGCUCCGGGGAAGGAGCGGAGGAGACGACGAAGGACGCUGGCGACAUCUCGCCGUUCCUAAAAACCGAUGGAUCCCUCCCUAAAGAGCCAAAAGGAGAUGUAUCGAGUCAGAUAGCAGGUUUCAGGCGAAAUGAGGAGAUGAGAGCGAUGGAGGUUCUCCCCAUCCUCAAAGAAAAAGUUGCCUUUCUGUCAGGCGGCAGAGACAGACGCGGGGGUCCGGUGUUAACGUUUCCAUCACGCAGCAACCACGACAGGAUACGAGCGGAUGACCUCAGGAGACUGAUCGCCUACCUCGCCGGGAUUCCCAGCGAGGAGGUGUGCAAACAUGGCUUCACGGUCAUCGUGGACAUGCGCGGCUCCAAGUGGGACAGCAUCAAGCCCCUGUUGAAGAUCCUGCAGGAGUCCUUUCCGUCCUGCAUCCACGUCGCCCUCAUCAUCAAACCCGACAACUUCUGGCAGAAGCAGAGGACCAACUUCGGCAGCUCUAAGUUCGAGUUCGAGACCACAAUGGUGUCACUAGAGGGCCUGACGAAAGUUGUGGACCCGUCCCAGCUGACGGCGGAUUUCGAUGGCAGCUUGGACUAUAACCACGAAGAGUGGAUAGAGGUGCGCGUUGCAUUUGAGGAGUUCUCCGGUCACGCUACCCAAAUGCUAACCCGACUUGAGGAGAUGCAGGAAACUGUGUCUAGGAAAGAUUUUCCGCAAGACCUGGAAGGAGCCAGGCGGAUGAUUGAAGACCACGCCACGCUGAAGAAGAAAGUCAUUAAAGCUCCUAUAGAGGAGCUGGACACCGAGGGACAGAGAUUGCUCCAGCGCAUCCAGAGCAGCGAGUCCUUCUCCAACCGGAAUGGCAGCACCGGCGGCAGCGGCGGCAGCAGCAGCAGCAGCGGCGGCAGCGGGGUGUGCAACGCCGACACCCAGGGCCUGGUCCCGCGGGUCACCCAGCUGCUGGACAAGCUGCACUCCACCAGGCAGCACCUCCACCAGUCCUGGCACGUCCGCAAGCUCCAGCUGGACCAGUGCUUCCAGCUUCGCCUGUUUGAACAGGACGCAGAGAAGAUGUUUGACUGGAUCAUGCACAACAAGGGUUUGUUCCUGGCAGGCUACACGGAGAUCGGCAACAACCACCCCCACGCCAUAGAGCUGCAAACCCAGCACAACCACUUCGCUAUGAACUGCAUGAAUGUGUACGUGAAUAUCAACCGCAUCAUGUCGGUGGGUAAUCGGCUGCUGGAGUCGGGGCACUACGCCUCCCAGCAGAUCAAGCAGAUCUCAGGCCAGUUGGAGCAGGAGUGGAAGGCCUUCGCCGCAGCACUGGACGAGCGCAGCACCCUGCUGGACAUGUCGGCCAAUUUCCACCAGAAGUGUGACCAGUACAUGGGUAACGUGGACUCUUGGUGUAAGGCCUGUGGUGAGGUGGACUUGCCCUCUGAGCUACAAGACCUUGAAGAUGCCAUUCACCAUCAUCAAGGCCUGUACGAGCACAUCACUGCUGCCUACUCUGAGGUAAGCCAAGAUGGCAAAGCCCUGUUGGACAAGCUGCAGCGGCCUUUGACUCCCGGCAGCGCUGAUUCCCUGACGGCAUCGGCGAAUUACUCCAAGGCCGUGCACCACGUCCUGGACAUCAUCCACGAGGUGCUCCAUCACCAGAGACAACUGGAAAACAUCUGGCAACACCGCAAAGUGCGGCUGCAUCAGCGUCUGCAGUUGUGUGUCUUUCAGCAGGACGUCCAGCAGGUGCUGGACUGGAUAGAAAACCACGGGGAGGCCUUCCUCAGCAAGCACACGGGCGUAGGAAAGUCCCUGCAUCGCGCCCGGGCGCUGCAGAAGCGACACGAGGACUUUGAGGAGGUGGCACAGAACACAUACACCAAUGCAGACAAGCUGCUGGAGGCGGCCGAGCAGCUGGCCCAGACGGGAGAGUGCGACCCAGAGGAGAUCUACCAGGCCGCCCACCAGCUAGAAGACCGGAUCCAAGAUUUUGUUCGCCGCGUGGAGCAGCGCAAAGUCCUGCUGGACAUGUCUGUCGCCUUCCACACGCACGUCAAAGAGCUCUGGACGUGGCUGGAGGAGCUCCAGAAGGAGCUGCUGGACGAUGUGUACGCCGAGUCGGUGGAGGCCGUCCAGGAUCUGAUCAAGCGCUUUGGCCAGCAGCAGCAGACGACGCUGCAGGUCACCGUCAAUGUCAUCAAGGAGGGAGAGGACCUCAUCCAGCAGCUCAGGGACUCGGCCAUCUCCAGCAACAAGACGCCACACAACAGCUCCAUCAACCACAUCGAGAGCGUCCUGCAGCAGCUCGACGAGGCCCAGGCGCAGAUGGAGGAGCUCUUCCAGGAGAGGAAGAUCAAACUGGAGCUCUUCUUACAGCUCCGCAUCUUCGAGAGAGACGCAAUUGAUAUCAUCUCAGACCUGGAGUCGUGGAACGAGGAGCUGACGGGGCAGAUGAGUGAUUUCGACACCGAGGACCUGACGUUGGCUGAGCAGCGACUGCAGCACCACGCGGACAAAGCCCUGACCAUGAACAACCUCACCUUCGACGUCAUCCACCAGGGUCAGGAGCUGCUGCAGUACGUCAACGAAGUCCAGGCCUCUGGUGUGGAGCUGCUAUGCGACCGAGAUGUGGACAUGGCUACGAGAGUCCAGGACCUCCUGGAGUUCCUCCACGAAAAGCAGCAGGAGCUGGACUUGGCAGCGGAGCAGCAUCGCAGGCACCUCGAGCAGUGUGUCCAGCUGAGACACCUGCAGGCUGAAGUGAAACAGGUUCUGGGUUGGAUCCGUAACGGCGAGUCGAUGCUGAACGCCGGUCUGAUCACUGCCAGCUCCCUGCAGGAAGCAGAGCAACUGCAAAGAGAGCACGAACAGUUUCAACACGCCAUUGAAAAAACCCACCAGAAUGCCCUGCAGGUUCAGCAGAAGGCAGAGGCUCUGCUGCAGGCCAACCACUAUGACAUGGACCUGAUCAGGGACUGUGCAGAGAACGUGGCCUCUCACUGGCAGCAGCUCAUGCUGAAGAUGGAGGACAGGCUAAAGCUGGUUAAUGCCUCUGUGGCCUUCUACAAAACGUCUGAGCAGGUGUGCAGUGUGUUGGAGAGUCUGGAGCAGGAAUACAAGCGAGAGGAGGACUGGUGCGGAGGAGCCGACAAACUGGGACCCAAUUGUGAAACGGACCAUGUCACACCUAUGAUCAGUAAACACCUGGAGCAGAAGGAGGCUUUCCUCAAGGCUUGCACGCUGGCUAGAAGAAACGCCGAUGUCUUCCUCAAGUACAUGCACAGAAACAGCGUGAACAUGCCCGGCAUGCUGAGCCACGUCAAAGCCCCGGAACAGCAGGUUAAAAAUAUCCUCAACGAGCUGCUGCAGAGAGAGAAUCGCGUUCUCCACUUUUGGACCAUGAGGAAACGGCGGUUGGACCAGUGUCAGCAGUACGUGGUGUUUGAGCGCAGCGCCAAGCAGGCUCUGGAGUGGAUUCACGACACCGGGGAAUUUUACCUGUCCACACACACGUCCACGGGCUCGAGCAUCCACCACACGCAGGAGCUGCUGAAGGAGCACGAGGACUUCCACAUCACGGCUAAGCAAACCAAGGAGCGUGUGAAGCUCCUGAUCCAGCUGGCCGACGGCUUCUGCGAGAAAGGCCACAGCCACGCGGCCGACAUCAAAAAGUGGGUGACGGCCGUGGACAAACGCUACAGAGACUUCUCCCUGCGCAUGGACAAGUACCGCUGCAGCCUGGAGAAAGCCCUCGGCAUUUGCUCCGACUCUAAUAAGGCAAGUAAAGAUCUGCAGCUGGACAUCAUUCCAGCCACAGCUCCAGGGUCAGAGGUCAAGCUGAGGGACGCUGCCCAUGAGCUAAAUGAGGAGAAACGCAAGUCGGCCCGGAGAAAGGAGUUCAUCAUGGCAGAGCUCAUUCAGACAGAGAAAGCCUACGUGCGGGACCUGCGGGAGUGCAUGGAUACCUACCUGUGGGAGAUGACCAGCGGGGUGGAGGAGAUUCCUCCCGGAAUCCUGAACAAGGAGCACAUCAUAUUUGGAAACAUGCAAGACCUCUAUGAGUUCCACCACAACAUCUUUCUUAAAGAGUUGGAGAAAUAUGAGCAGCUCCCUGAGGACGUUGGGCAUUGCUUUGUCACAUGGGCCGAUAAGUUCCAGAUGUAUGUGAACUAUUGUAAGAACAAACCUGACUCCACUCAGCUCAUCUUAGAACAUGCUGGGAACUACUUUGAUGAAAUUCAACAAAGACACCGACUGGCCAACUCCAUCUCUUCUUAUCUGAUCAAGCCUGUGCAGAGAAUCACUAAAUAUCAGCUUCUGCUCAAGGAGUUGCUGACUUGUUGCGAAGAAGGAAAAGGAGAGAUCAAGGACGGCCUGGAGGUGAUGCUCAGUGUUCCUAAGAGAGCCAAUGAUGCCAUGCACCUCUCCAUGCUGGAAGGUUUUGAUGAAAACAUAGAGUCCCAGGGUGAGCUCAUCCUCCAGGAGUCAUUCCAGGUCUGGGACCCAAAGACUCUGAUACGCAAGGGUCGUGAACGCCACCUCUUCCUCUUCGAGAUGUCUCUUGUCUUCAGUAAGGAGGUCAAGGACUCGAAUGGCAGGAGCAAAUACAUAUACAAGAGCAAACUUUUUACGUCAGAGUUGGGGGUGACGGAGCACGUUGAAGGAGACCCCUGUAAGUUUGCCCUCUGGGUCGGACGCACGCCAACGUCUGACAACAAGAUUGUGCUCAAGCUAAGUCAGGGAUCCAAACAUGGCGCAAUGGCAUCCAGCAUUGAGAACAAACAGGACUGGAUCAAGCACAUCAGGGAGGUGAUCCAGGAGCGCACCAUCCAUCUAAGAGGGGCACUCAAGGAGCCCAUUCAUAUCCCAAAGCCAAGUACAACCAAGCACCACAAAGGAAGAAGGGAUGGAGAAGAUCUGGACAGUCAGGGUGAAGGCAGCAGCCAACCAGAUACCAUCUCACUUGCAUCCCGCACUUCACAGAACACCCUGGACAGCGAUAAGCUCUCUGGCGGCUGUGAGCUGACCGUGGUCAUACACGACUUCCUGGCCAGCAACAGCAACGAGCUGACGGUGCGCCGCGGUCAGACGGUGGAGGUGCUGGAGCGGUGUCACGACAAGCCGGACUGGUGCCUGGUCAGGACCACGGACCGCUCGCCGGCCCAGGAGGGCCUGGUGCCCUGCGCCAUGCUCUGCAUCGCUCACUCCAGGUCCUCCAUGGAGAUGGAAGGCAUCUUCAACCACAAAGACACGCUGUCAGUCAGUCUGUGUGGCAAUGACUCCAUCAUGCCAGGAUCCUCUGCUACGCUCCAGCCCGGACACGGCAUCGGCUCCCACACGUCACCGGGACCUAAGAGACCAGGCAACACUCUGCGGAAGUGGCUCACCAGCCCAGUGCGUCGGCUGAGCAGCGGCAAGGCAGACGGCCAUGUGAAGAAGCUGGCGCACAAGCACAAGAAGAGCCGUGAGGUGAGGAAGAGUGGGGAAAUGACAAUGGGCUCCCAGAAAGAUUCAGAUGACAGUGCUGCCACACCUCAGGAUGAGACUGUGGAGGAGAGGGUCCGCAACGAGGGCCUGUCCAGCGGCACGCUGUCCAAGUCCAGCUCCUCGGGCAUGCAGAGCUGCGGGGAGGAGGAGGGCGAGGAGGGCGCCGACUCGGUGCCCCUGCCCCCGCCCAUGGCCAUCCAGCAGCACAGCCUGCUGCAGCCGGACUCGCAGGACGACAAGACCUCUUCUCGUCUGUCAGUCCGUCCGUCCAGUUCCGAGACGCCCAGUGCCGCGGAGUUGGUGAGCGCCAUCGAGGAGCUUGUCAAAAGCAAAAUGGCUCUGGAGGACAGGCCGAGCUCUCUGUCAGUAGAACAGGGAGACAGCAGCUCUCCCUCCUUCAACCCAUCUGAUAACUCCCUCCUCUCCUCCUCCUCUCCCAUGGAAGAGCCGGAUGAACGCAGGACCAGCAUCCUCAAGAAAAGACAUUACAUUUUGAUGGAACUGGUGGAGACUGAGAGAGAUUAUGUUCGAGACCUUGGCCUGGUGGUGGAGGGCUACAUGAGCCGGAUGAAGGAGGAAGGCGUCCCAGAUGAUAUGAAGGGGAAGGACAAAAUUGUGUUUGGCAACAUCCAUCAGAUCUACGACUGGCACAAAGACUACUUCCUCUUUGAGUUGGAGAAAUGUUUGGAGGACCCAGACAAACUGGGGCCGCUGUUUCUCAAGCAGGAACGGAGGCUGAACAUGUAUGUAGUGUACUGUCAAAAUAAGCCCAAGUCCGAGCACAUCGUCUCAGAGUAUAUUGAUACCUACUUUGAGGAUCUGAAGCAGCGGCUGGGACACAGGCUGCAGAUCACGGACCUGCUCAUUAAGCCAGUCCAGAGGAUCAUGAAGUACCAGCUCCUGCUAAAGGACUUCCUGAAACACUCUAAAAAGGCCGGGCAGGAGUCUGUGGAGCUAGAGAAAGCAGUGGAGCUCAUGUGCAUAGUGCCAAAAAGGUGCAACGACAUGAUGAAUGUUGGCCGGCUUCAGGGAUUUGAUGGAAAGAUUGUGGCUCAGGGGCGCCUUCUACUGCAGGAUACCUUCAUGGUGUCCGACCCAGAGGGUGGGCUGCUUAACCGGAUGAAGGAGAGACGGGUCUUCCUAUUUGAGCAGCUAGUCAUCUUUAGCGAACCCCUCGACAAGAAGAAAGGUUUCUCCCUCCCCGGCUUCCUCUACAAAAACAGCAUCAAGGUAAGCUGUUUGGGUCUGGAGGAGAAUGUGGAAGGUGACCCCUGUAAGUUCAGUCUCACGUCUCGCUCCACCAACGGCUCCGUGGAGUCCUUCGUGCUUCAUUCCUCCCACCCAGGGGUACGAGAGGUCUGGACGCUUCAGAUCAGCCAGAUACUUGAAAGCCAACGCAACUUCCUCAACGCUCUGACCUCACCAAUAGAGUAUCAGAAGAACCAUGUAGGGGCGAGCAGUGGGUCGUGUGUGCGCAGCAUGGGAGUUCCAGGUGGAGGCAGUAAUGGGUCCAGUGGACCCUCCGCAGUUGGAAGUGGCAGUCCCCAGGGCAGCUCCAUCCCUUCAGGACCCCAGAGUGGCUCCCGUCGACCCUCCAGGAUACCACAGCCCUCCCGCCUCCCCCAGCCCCUGCGCCACCAUCCUGGGGCUGACCCCGACGGCCCCAACAAGUUAUCAGGUUCUUCCCCUCGUCCCGUCCCUCCUCCCAUGCUUCCUCCAGCAGCAAGCCCACAGGGCAAACGUCCUAUCCAGAUCCAGGAGGACCAAGCCCAGACUCUCAGUUCUGUAGCCUCUAUUCCCCGUGCCAUGGUUGGGCCUCUGCCCUCAACACCCACAUCCAAAUCACGGCCAGGAGCCGUGUCCCCCAUGGCUUCCCCCAUGGCCACUCCCGCCUAUGGCAAAGACAUCCUCCCCCCUCCCCCUCCCAGCCCCGGACAGAAGUCCGGAUCUGGAUUCUGGAGCUCCAUGCCGGGCUCCCCAGCCGGCCGGCCGGGCUCGUUCACCUUUCCUGGGGAGGCGGGAGAGAGUCCGGUCCGUCAGAAUUCAAACCAGAUCCAGACUGGCUCUGGAUCUGGGAGCCAAUCCCACAGACACUCCACACACAGCAAGGAGGCAGACCGCAUGAGCACAUGCUCAUCAACCAGUGAGCAAUCCAUCCAGUCCACCCAGAGUAAUGGGAGUGAAAGUAGCAGCAGCAGUAGCGUAUCCACCAUGUUGGUGACCCAGGACUACGUGGCUGUGAAGGAGGAUGAGAUCAGUGUUAUGCAGGGCGAGGUGGUCCAGAUCUUGGCCAGCAACCAGCAGAACAUGUUCCUGGUAUUCAGGGCAGCUACGGAGCAGGGCCCCGCCGCCGAGGGCUGGAUCCCCGGAUUCGUGCUGGGGCACACCUCGGCCGUCGUCCCCGAUGGCCCCGAGGGAUCCGUUAAUAGGAAAUCGUCAUCCUGGCACACAUCCCUUCGCAUCCGUAAGAAGUCUGAAAAGAAGGAGAAGGAGGCAAAGAAAGAGACCAAGCUGGAAAACGGUUACAGGAAGUCCAGAGAAGUGCUGGCCAAUAAGGUUUCUGUAAAGCUUCUAAACCCAAACUACAUCUAUGAUGUUUCUCCAGAGUUUCUCGUACCGCUGAGUGACGUAACGUGUGACAACGGGGAGAGCGUCACCCUGAGGUGUAAGGUGUGUGGCCGCCCCCGGGCCACCGUCGCCUGGAAAGGGCCCGACCAGCGCGUCCUCACCAACAACGGCCGCUUUAGCACCACCUACAGUGACACGGGUGAAGCCACGCUGCGGAUCAUCGGCGCGGCCUCUGAGGACGACGGCGUCUACACGUGCGUCGCCACCAACGAGCUCGGCAGCGCGGCGGCGUCGGCGAGCCUCAGGGUGCUGGCUGUGUCCACUGACGGGAACAGAGUGAGCUGGAAGGACAACUUUGAGUCUCACUACAAUGAAGUGGUGGAGUUGGGAAGGGGCCGAUUCUCUGUUGUCAAGCGCUGCGACCACCGGAGCACGAAGCGCUCCGUGGCGGUGAAACAGGUGAACAAGAAGCUGAUGAGGAGGGACCGGGUGACGCAGGAGCUCAACCUGCUCCAGAGGCUCCAGCACCCCCACAUAGUCGGCCUGGUGGACACGUACGAAACCCCCAGCAGCUACGUCCUGGUCCUGGAGAUGGCGGAUCAGGGUCGUCUGCUGGACUACAUCGUGAGCUGGGGGAAUCUCACCGAGGACAAAGUGGCCGGCUACCUGCGGGACGUCUUAGAAGCUUUACACUACCUUCACAACUGCAGGGUGGUGCAUCUGGACGUGAAACCUGAGAACCUGCUGGUGGCCCACACCCCCAGCAGCCAGCCAAUAGUCAAAUUAACCGACUUCGGUGAUGCUGUGCAGCUCAACAGUACCCACUACGUUCACCCUCUGCUGGGAAGUCCAGAGUUCGCCUCUCCAGAGUUGGUCCUUGGGAAGCCUGUGUCGUUGACCUCUGACAUUUGGAGCCUGGGCGUGGUGACCUACGUGCUGCUGAGUGGCGCCUCUCCCUUCCUUGACGAGAGCACGGAGGAAACCUGCCUGAACAUCUGCCAUUUGGACUUCAGCUUUCCUCUGGAUUACUUCCAGGGAGUCAGCCAGGCAGCCCGGGACUUUGUCUGCUUGCUCCUGCAGACCGAACCCCACAAGAGGCCUCCGGCCGGGCUCUGCCUGCAGGAGCACUGGCUGCAGGCCGGCCUCUCCGACAACCCGGUCCGAGCAGAGGGAUGCCUGGACACCACCCGCAUCAUCUCCUUCAUCGACAGGAGGAAACACCAAACUGAUGCCCGGCCGAUCGGCGGAAUCAGGAAUUUCAUCCAAAGUCGCCUUCAGCCCUGAGGAAGCGUUGGUGGCAAAGCAGCUUUCGGUCGAUGCUGACUCACCAUUUUUCAGCAGCGCGGACAAACAGGAAACCUGGUCACAUUUUGGCUGUUCAGUCCUGAGGCUGCAGGGGCUGCAGGUUCCUCUGGAAACGAGCAUGUAGAUGUAAACGGAGGAGAAAUAAUGAAUGCUGAUCUCAUCCACUUUCACAGAAUGUUGACGACGACGUCCUGCGGUCCCAACCGAUUUUAAAUUUAGACCUGUCGAGGUCUCGAGCCAAUCAGAGUCCGAGAGAACGUGGUUCCUCAUCAAUCAUAAAAUGAUGGAUGCCCUUGUCUACUGCUGCUUGCUGAUUUCAACUCAAAACAGAUUUUGUAGUUAAGCGAACAAAAAUCUAAAAAAAAACAAAAACAUUAUGAAGUAAUUUAUUUUCCAUUGCAAGAGUUAAAGCUGAUCAGAAGAGCCAACUGACGCCACUGCACAGACGGAGAAGAGCCGCUCUCCUGCCGCCGGAGAGGGACACAGACGUUGUGUUUUUACUCUCACUAAACCUGUAACUCGGAGACUUUUCAGAUGCGGUUCUUUAUUAUAGAAACAAUGUAUAGAAAGUAAAAGUACUGUGUCUACAUUUCCAUGGAAAGUAAAAUAACUGUAAAAGAUGCCCAUCAGUAAAAAGUUGCUGUGCUACUUUGGACUCCGUAGACGGUGAUCGAGCUUCUCCACUUUGAGACAUUUCUACGUGCGAUCAGAGCUUUAUAAUGGCUGUGCUUACAUAACGUACCUAACGUCGCAAGUAACAAUGCUGCAGUGUCCGACCCGAGACGAAACGAUACACAUCCAUUGUUUGCUUUUCCUAGAACAAAACAAACUUGUGUUGCGCAGAAUGUUUAAGCCUUAUCUUGUAUAUAGACGACUCCUGGCUCCUUCCUCCUCACACUCCCUCACUCCUGCUUUUGGGCGAGGGAAGACUGGGGCCCGAGCGGCGGCCAUUCGGGUGGGAGGGAACGCGGAGGCCUAUUACUGUAAAUGCACUCAUUCUAUGUUCUGUUUGAUUAUUAUGUGCAAUGUUGCGGCUUUAACAUUUUAUGCAACUAUUUAUGAAGACAUCUGUUGUAUCUGUAAUAAAUGUAGAGAAAAGCAUGUACUUGGUACUGCAAGCACUGCUGGUAGUUGGUGUUUCUUUGAUGGCUGAGGCCAGGCCGGAGAGGUCAGAGGUCACGAUCUACGAUCACAGUUCGAUCAAACAUAACUUAACACGUUUUGUACUGUAUGCCUCUGUAGUAUUGGUACACCAAAGUUGCUCUAGCUUUAUAGUACUUGAUAAAUAUGUUCUGUUGUGAUUAUUUUUUACUGUUUUUAGGUUCUGUGUGAAUCGAAUGUUUACACUAGUUCAAAAACCCGUCACGUUUGGAUUGUUGCAUCUCCUUCGCCCCCCGCGUGGAAAAGACAGGGAGUGGAGGAAGUAAUGUAUUCGUGCAAUUUACAGAAGGCGGCGUCAUUUACAAAGUGAUGUUCUAACUUCAUGUACAGAUACUCGUUGCCAAACUAUUACAAUAUUUAAAAAAAAAAAAAUAUCUAACACAAUGAGAGUGAAGACACCGCCUUGUUCGUUGUUUCUUGGCUGUGUCACAUUUGAUCCAAUCGCUCAGAACAGAAAUCAGAGUUAUCUUUUAAUUUAUUUUACGAACGUGUGCACAGACCAUUAAAAACAAGGAGACUUUGACUGGAUACCUCAGUUUAGUUUUUUCCAUUGUUUGUCUGUUUUCAGUUUUCUAUGUUUCAUAAAUUACAGGUUUGGUAUGUUUUUAUGUUGUUGUUGUUUUUUUUAUUCUUGCAUGUAUAUUUUUUGUACAGAUCAUAUGUUCUCUUGUAAAUAGUCUCAUUUUAUCAUCAGUUAUUUGAAAAUUAAACCUAAUGAACACAUGCACCCUGUUUUACAUUUUGUUCCUUUCACAUGUAAUUGUUUAUUUCUGUUUCCGUUUGUUUUACUUCAACCGCUACUUUUACAUUUUGCAGUGCAGGUCAGCUGUGGAUUAGACUGAUCCUCUACAAAACUCUUAAGCUUUAGCUAAUUGAAAGGUUGUGGUCGAAGUGGACAAAAUAGAUGUUCAAAUUGUCAGUGUAUAAUAGUAUAUCACACAACACAUUUAUUUUCGCCUAAAGCAUAAACUUAGAUCAUAACAUACAUAAACUGCAUAAUAAAUUCAACAUUUGAUGCCUGCAGGUAAAGUAGCCGUGUUCCCCAAACGAUAAGAGGUCCAGCCUUUCUCCUGCUUGCCUGGCUGACCUUAUAUCGGACCUCAGGAGGUGAUGGUGUAGGAGUCACAGCAGGCGCGAGCUCCACAUCCACUCACUCCUCCCUUCAGUCUAUUCCUCACACGGUAAGCUAAUCUGGAGCCAACUUUUGUCAGCCGAUAUGCCUUGGACUGAAGAAGAUGCCAGAAACAAUGUAGUAUAAGUGCAUAUCGAAUGGGUAAUGAUAAAACAGUUAAACAAUUGCUGCUGACAGCAAGUACUUACAAAGCACGAAAUAUCAACAAACAAGGUAAACUAAAGAUCAGAAAGCUCGUUUUCGAUGACUCUGAUGGUGUCUGUCACACGUUUGACCUGGUGUGAUACUACUACUGUAUACAACAUCCCCCUAGGUGUUUAUAGUCUAAAUAAUGGUUUGAUAAUACAGCACCAGUCCACCCAUGUUUGGUUUAUAGCAAUGUUGUCUUUUAUUCUAAUUUUCAUAAACAGAGAAUAUAUCAGUCCCUUAUUUGUACAAAAAUACCUGAACAGGAUACAAUGGAGAUCCAGGAGUUGUACAGACAGAAUGAAGCAAAGCACAGUGGGGUUUUCUGCAAAAAAAAAUAAAAGGCGACUCAUCUCAUGUUUCUCUGACUUUAGCUUAUGAUGCUUUCAAAACACAAAUCAACUGAGUCAGUUUCACUUGUGCCUACAACCAACGCUGUCCGGACAUUAGGCUUCAUCUUCCAGUAGGAAUCCGGUUCACAGUCGCGACUUUACAUGAACAUGGUAAGUGGACGGAUGGCAACUAAAGACCUGGUACUGUUGAGAAAGGAGGAGGCACCAGCUGGUGGUUAAGCAUGGUUAGAAAAUAAGGAGCGAUCAUUGUUAUGCACCUUUUAAAAUCUGAGUAAAUGGACAAAAUGGCAUGAACAACUCUCCUGGGCUAUAGCGUAUAAUUGCACUACUCGAUAUGAAACGUACAAAAGCUGCUGAGAAUAUCCCCAAAGGUCAAGAGUCAGCGUGUGUGUGCGCUGAUGAAAACCCACAGUCGUGUGGUGUUGUCAGAUUAACAUCCAGACUUUUGCUUAAGCGUUUUCCUGCAGGUAAAUAAGUGGAAACCAAGUUCCCGACAGACAGAAGGGGAUAUUCUGAGGUUUGGAAGCAAGACGACAUCAGAUUUGGACACUGGCAGAGGUUAACGCUCUGUCAGCCUGUCAGCUUAUACGCAUACAUGGUGUUUAAUGGUUUGAGACAUGCCAAAAAUCCAGUUUGAGCUCUUAAAAUAAAAAAACAGCUUAAUUUAAUACUGUAUAUACUGUGGUAUAUUCUUUUUAAUAUAUAUAAAACGUCAUUUUGUGUCAAACCAAAAAAAAAAAAAGAAACA